UUUAUUUCCUCAUUCCAGUCUAUUCAGAUCAGUGGACACGGAGGGAAGGAGAUGAGAAGAAUACACUGAUAAUUGUUGAGAUGCACCCCCAGUGGUAGGUUUGAGGACGUUCGCCAAGAGAACAUGAAAGUGGCAUAUUCUAACUAUAGGCCCAUUAAGCUAUUCGUUAUAGGUCCACACUUCAACAUGACAGAAGAUAGAUGCUAAUGUUAACAAUGUUGGAUGAUUGUUACCUCGUCGGGUAGCCUAUAAAUAUCUGCCUUUGAACUUGACGGGCUCCUGUGGAGUCGGCAAGCGGGACAGAAGCAUGUGAGUGACGGUAACCAUAGAGAAAAAUAACUUUUCAGUCGGUUAGUGUUUCUGUUUGCCGUACGUCCGAUACUCAGAACAGAUAUAGCCUUCGGGGUUACAAACUUAUAUGGCAUGCAUGAGGUAAAACAUUUAAAAUUGCGAGACUGUGUUAACCGUGAUUGUGUGUUCCUUUGGAAAGUUAUAGACAAAUAAAGAUGACCUUCCACACUGUAUAGUAAAACUUAACUUAUGCAUAUGUAUGUUUGUCUUGUCACAUUAUUCAGCAUGCAAGCCACGUUAAUAAAGUAAGUACUAGGCUAGGUUUUCAGUUAUCACCAAAAUUUAUAAUUUUACUGCUAAAACUACUUUACCGAGUAACAAAGCAGGCGGAGCAUGCAGCGAUUAGUCACUAGUGGCCUUCCUGUGAUUGGUGGAAUGCUGGGAUGGAUUACGUACUGGGGCCAAUCAGAGUGCGUUCGGUGAACACCCGGGGUUCUCUAAAAAGGAGAGCAAGUGCCCAUUGAGGACUCCAAGGAUUAGGAUUCACCAGGCUGUAAUGAGAACACAUAACAGUAACAGCAUUCUGAAGAUGUACCACGGAACAACAUCUUAAUUCUUGCUUGUGUAACUUACCUGGCACAUUCUUGUUUAGAGACUCCGGCAAAACUAUCAGUUCAUAGCUUGGAAACGUUAUGUGGGUGCUUUGGUAUUUCCUGAAGCAAUAGGUAUAUAAAUACGCGUAUUUUAUGCAUAACUUUUGCGCGCUUCUUCACCCGCGUUUUACGCACACGUAAAGUAGUAAUAAUUACUUUGCGCGGAGUUCCACUCUAAGAGCCCAAGCACAUACUGUGAUGCUGUCGGAGGGAGGUCACCCGCACUCCGUAGUCAGCAGCGCGUUCCAAAGGCACCACUCGGUCCAUUCUGCAGCCGACAUGCAGGAGAGAGACCCCAGCUUUAUGGAGUCCGUCCACAUUGCAGCCCAGGGGCCCGGGUAUGGUCCAUCGUAUGCCAGUUCCACACGUGACUUUCUCCUGCGCAACCGGGGUUUUGGGGACACUUCCUCGGCCAGCGACCAACACCCUCUCCUGAGGACAAUGGCUGGGUCCCUUCAUCACUCUCACGUCGAGGGCCAGGGACACCUCCUCUUCCCUGGAAUGCACGACCAGCACCACGUCUCUGCUAACAUGCUGGGUGGUCGGCUUGGAGUGGGACUAACCGGGGAGGUAUUCGGGCGAGCGGACCAGUACAUGUCCAGCCAAAGGAACGACCCUUACGGCCAGUAUGGAGCCAUGGGUCUAAACAUGGGCAUGGCAGCACACCACCAUCAUCACCCUGCGGCGUUCUUCCGCUACAUGCGGCAGCAGUGCAUCAAACAGGAGUUGAUAUGUAAGUGGAUAGACCCGGACCAGGCCGGAGGGGCGAACCGGUGCUGUGGCAAGACCUAUGCCACCAUGCACGAGCUGGUUACGCACGUCUCGGUGGAGCACGUCGGUGGGCCGGAGCAAAGUAGCCACACAUGUUUCUGGGAAGAGUGCCCGCGGGAGAACAAACCGUUCAAAGCCAAAUACAAGCUGGUUAAUCAUAUUCGUGUGCACACGGGAGAGAAGCCGUUUCCAUGCCCGUUCCCCGGGUGCAGCAAGGUCUUUGCGCGCUCGGAGAACUUGAAGAUACACAAAAGGACGCACACAGGGGAGAAGCCGUUCAUGUGUGACUUCUUUGGCUGCGACCGACGCUUUGCCAACAGCAGUGAUCGCAAGAAACACAUGCACGUUCACACGUCUGACAAGCCAUAUCUGUGCAAGAUGUGUGACAAGUCAUACACGCACCCCAGUUCUCUCAGGAAACAUAUGAAGGUACACGAUUCUCUGUCCGUUGCCGACUCUUCGCCUGGAGCCAGCAGCGGGUAUGAGUCCUCCACGCCACCCGGUUUAGUAUCUCCUGUCUCGGAGACCCAGAGCAACAUGUCCCCGGACUCUGUCGUCCUCAGUAGUGGUCACAGCAGUCUGUCGUCCAACUUCAGCGAGUGGUACGUCUGAAGAGGACCUCGAGAGUAACUGGAAAGCAAGGCCAACAAAUGAAGGAAAGGAUCGGAUCACCGACUGGUUUAAAUGGACGCUUUACGCGCUAUUGAUAUACUCAAAAUGUUGCACUAAAACAUUGGAAGUCGGAGGAGACAUUUUUAAAUAUCUGUGAUGUCAAAAAAAUAUAUUUUGAUGGUUGUUAAAUUAUCAGUAUUUUGGUUUUCAUAUCAGUCUCACGUUCCAUGGGGUUGGUUAUUUUUGUGAUUCAUAAUUCGUUUUUUUUGUCAGUUUGUGAUUGACCAAGUAUUUUAUAAAGUAAAGAAGUACUGAAAUGAA